GGAAAAGCUUGCCCUUGGUUCGAGCUAUCAAUUAGGAUCAUCCGAUGGCGACCCUCGAUGUUGGAACCGUUUCUGCCAAUCUGAAGCGAGCCUUGGGAGAGUUGGAAUUGGUACCUGAAAUCAAGAGGUGUCUCCGGGAUGCUAUUCGGGUUACAUCUGACACCAAGCGACAGGGGGUUGCGACUCAUGGGGCGGGUUCAUUGAGAGCUUCUUUGCCUCACGCGAGCCUGAUACAAUACACAGAAAUAUAUUGCGCAAUAUCUGUCCAGAUGUCUCGUCCAAGAUCAAAGUCGAGAGAGAGGUCGGUGCGGGUGAUCAUGAUGAAUAGGAGGGGGAAGAGGAGGAAGAGGAGGGGAGGACGAGGAAGAGGAAGAUAAGGAUGGCGAUGACCCGGAGCAAAAUGUUGCGAUGAAGAAAAAAACUCCAGGAGUUAGUACUGGUGGGACUAUGAGAACAAGAACAUCAUUCCUUCUCAGCAAGAC